GAUUGAGAAUUUCGCGUCCGCAAUGUUAGAUCAAGAACGUAACAAAUCGGAAAUGACAGAUGGUAUUCAUUUAUUUAAAGAAUUGGCUCCGACAUUAGAAAAAUAUGUGUCGAAAUUUGCAACAUUUUCUAAAUUACACAAAGAAUUGUUAAAAGAUUUUACAGCCAGUCGUAAGCGUUUGGAAGAUGGUAGUACCGAGACCAAAAAUCAAAUUAACGUCUUGAUAACAAGCGGUCAUGAACUGGCAACGGAUAAUUUACAAUUAUCCAUGCAAAUUAAAGAAUUAUUUUCGUUAUUAUCAAAUUUGACAGACGAAGAACAAAUUAUUUCCAAUAACAGUGCUUCCAUUUUAGUCGUUCAAGAAAUGGAUAAUCAUCAAAGAGAAACAGAAAAACUACGAAGAUUGGUUGCUGCUCAGGGUCAAGUUAUCGCAGAUUAUGAGGCUAACCUUGGUUUAUUUCAACAGAAAGAUGAGCAAGUAAAAGCAUUAAAGAAUACUUUGUCUACUUUGACUAAUUUGAAGAAAGUUGAUAAGGGUAGUGUCGACCCUGAUGUUAAAAAUGAUCUAUUAACUAAAUGUGGGGAACUUUGCAACCUUUGGCUACAAGAAGUUGAGACCAACUCAACUUUAAGAGAAAUGGUUAAGGAACUUCAAGUAUCUAGUUCAAGUAAAGAAAAAGAAAUGAAAUUACGAAUAGAAAGUUUAAUAACUCAAGUGAAUAAUUCAUCACAGCAACUUCAAGAUUUCAAGUUGCAAGCAGAAAAAUUUGAGGAGAAAUAUCACCAAACUGAAGCGGCCCUUAAGGAACAAGUCCAACAGUACGAAAAAUUAAGAAAAGACUGGUCAGGUUUAGUUGAAACUCAUCAAGCUGAUCUGGAGGCUUUGAAGCAUCGUUGGACUAAAGAGCGUAAAACUCUACAAGAGGCCAAUAAAAAUAUAAAGGUACAACAAUUAGCAGAAAUAGAAGCUGGUCAUAAUAAACUUCAAGAAGCAUGGCAGAAAGAAAAGGAAACAAUAGCUAAAAAGAAUCGAGCAUUAAAAGAGACUCAUCAAA